AUGACGGACGGCCGGAAAGGUCCUCGUGCGUUCGCUGAUCUCAUCGACGGCGUACACGGGCUCCACGUUUUGCGGAUCAACAGCCGAUUGGCUUCUCGACCUUCCGCCGCCACCACCGCCGCUACGGCUUCCAUGCCGGACCACUUCCGUCCGGCGCCCGAGCCUCCCGCGGCCUCGUCACUCCCCGUGCCCAGGCCUGCCACGUCAGCGGCGGCUUCUGCGGCUUCGUGGAACUCGCAGGAGAAUUCGUCUGCUGGGCACGCGUUUGGGCAGCAUUAUCUGUCGCUAGUGGAGAGUGACAAGGCUCGGCACAGGUCACGGAUGUUGAUGGUUCAGGGGCAGGAGGGCGGAAUGGAGGGAGAAGGGAGUGAAUCGAGUGGAGGAGGAGGAGGAGGAAGAGAAGGAGGAGAAGGAGGCGGUGGUGCUAGUAACCAUCGUGGGAGGAACCUGGGAAUAACGGCUACAGCAGGGCUGCUGGGGGCCACAUACCCUAACGGAAUAUACUACGUGCAGCUGGGCAUCGGCACGCCGCCACAGACAUUCAAUCUGGACAUAGACACGGGCAGCAACCUGCUCUGGGUCAACUGCUUGCCCUGCAACCCCUGCACGCUCUCUAAGACACUGCAAACGAAUCCGCCCUUCGACUCGACCAAAUCCUCUUCAGUCAAGCUCCUUCAAUGCUCCAACAAGGCGUGCAUCAACCCCGACCGAACCGUCAAGAUCCGCAACUGCAAUGUCACCGCCAAACCUCUGGCCAAAGGCUCGGCAGGAGGUUCGGAGGCCGAGGAUUUGGGGUGUAUGUACUCAGUAGCGUACGGGGAUGGGAGUGGGACGUCAGGGCGCCUGCUUGGUGACGUCAUCCAUCUGCCCAUCUCCGGAUCUGCCAGAGCCUUCAAAGUUCCCAUCACGUUUGGCUGUGGGAACUCCCAGCAGGGCAACUUUUACAACGGCCUGGGCUGGACCUACUACCAGGCCCUGGACGGGCUCAUAGGGCUGGGCAGGGGGUCGCUCUCUCUGCUCACAGCCGUUGGAGCCUACAAGGAGUUCUUCCCCAUUCGGCAGGUGGUGGCGCACUGUCUAGGGGGCGACAGUGGGGGCGGGUGGAUGACAGUGGGGGACAUCCCCAUACCCCCCCUCACAGCCUUCACUCCCCUGCGACCAGAUGACACAUUCUACAAAGUGACACUGAGGAAGGUAUUCGUGGGGGGAAUAGAGGUGGCAGUGAAUCCAGCACAGUAUGUUAAUCUGACGCACGGCAAUGCCAUCUUUGACAGCGGCACCACCUACUCCAUCAUGCCGCCUCUCUUCGUCCCGCCCCUCUUCCACCUCAUUCAGACGGCAGUGGGGCUGCCUCGCUAUGCCUUCUCCAUUGGCAAGGAGGGCUCGCUCUGCUUUUCUUCCACUGACAACCUGUAUGCAGAGGAGGAACCCCUUCCCUCACAUCAACCUGCAACGAACCGGCAUGCCCAUUCUUCCCUCACCCUCGAUACCCACUCCCCACCUACUCUUCCAUUCACUCUCUUCUCUCACCAGGCUGACAGCAGAGGACGUGAGGAACCGCUUCCCCCACAUCAACCUGCAAUUUGA